AAUAGAUGGGAGGCUCGUUACGGCGGCGGAAGCAGCGGCGCUGGAGUGAGGGGUGGGGGACAGAGUGCUAGCGCCCCGGCGGCGGCUGCGGGUCCGGAGCCUGAGGACGUCGGCCCCGCAGACGGAGAGCGCGCGGGAGCGAGCUCGAGGCGGUGCGGCGGCCACUCGGUGCAGCACCCAGGUGGAAAUGAGUUCUCAACAGUUUCCUCGGUUAGGAGCCCCUUCCACUGGGCUGAGCCAGGCCCCGUCUCAGAUUGCAAACAGUGGUUCUGCUGGAUUGAUAAACCCAGCUGCUACAGUCAAUGAUGAAUCUGGUCGAGAUUCUGAAGUCAGUGCCAGGGAGCACAUGAGUUCCAGCAGCUCCCUCCAGUCCCGGGAGGAGAAGCAAGAGCCUGUUGUGGUAAGGCCCUAUCCACAGGUGCAGAUGUUGUCCACACACCAUGCUGUCGCAUCAGCCACACCUGUUGCAGUGACAGCCCCGCCAGCACACCUGACGCCAGCAGUGCCACUUUCAUUUUCGGAGGGACUCAUGAAGCCACCCCCGAAGCCCACCAUGCCUAGCCGUCCCAUUGCUCCUGCUCCACCUUCUACCCUGUCACUUCCGCCCAAGGUUCCAGGGCAGGUUACUGUUACAAUGGAGAGUAGCAUCCCUCAGGCUUCAGCCAUUCCUGUGGCAACAAUCAGUGGACAACAGGGACAUCCCAGUAACCUGCAUCACAUCAUGACUACAAAUGUACAGAUGUCUAUCAUCCGCAGCAAUGCUCCUGGGCCCCCUCUUCACAUUGGAGCUUCUCAUUUACCUCGAGGUGCAGCAGCUGCUGCCGUGAUGUCCAGUUCUAAAGUAACCACAGUCCUGAGGCCGACCUCGCAGCUGCCAAAUGCUGCUACUGCUCAGCCAGCAGUACAGCACAUCAUUCACCAACCAAUCCAGUCUCGGCCGCCUGUAACCACCUCCAAUGCCAUCCCUCCUGCUGUGGUAGCAACUGUCUCAGCCACCAGAGCCCAGUCUCCAGUCAUCACUACGACAGCAGCACAUGCUACUGAUUCAGCACUGAGUAGGCCAACUUUGUCUAUCCAGCAUCCACCAUCUGCAGCAAUUAGUAUUCAGCGUCCCGCCCAGUCACGAGAUGUCACAACAAGAAUCACACUACCAUCUCACCCUGCAUUAGGGACGCCAAAACAGCAGCUUCAUACCAUGGCUCAGAAAACGAUCUUCAGUACUGGCACACCAGUGGCUGCAGCCACAGUAGCACCUAUUUUGGCAACCAACACCAUUCCUUCAGCGACUACAGCUGGAUCUGUGUCACACACGCAAGCUCCCACAAGUACCAUUGUUACCAUGACAGUGCCCUCCCAUUCCUCCCAUGCGACUGCUGUGACCACCUCAAACAUCCCAGUCGCCAAGGUGGUGCCCCAGCAGAUCACACACACUUCUCCUCGGAUCCAGCCUGACUACCCUGCCGAAAGGAGCAGCCUGAUUCCCAUCUCCGGACAUCGGGCCUCUCCCAAUCCUGUGGCCAUGGAAACACGAAGUGACAACAGACCGUCUGUUCCCGUUCAAUUCCAAUACUUUUUGCCAACUUAUCCCCCUUCUGCAUACCCACUGGCGGCACACACGUACACCCCAAUCACCAGUUCUGUGUCCACUAUCCGACAGUAUCCAGUUUCAGCUCAGGCUCCAAACUCUGCCAUCACAGCUCAGACUGGUGUGGGGGUAGCGUCUACAGUCCACCUAAACCCCAUGCAGUUGAUGACAGUAGAUGCAUCGCAUGCUCGACAUAUUCAAGGGAUCCAGCCAGCGCCCAUCAGUACACAGGGCAUCCAGCCGGCCCCCAUCGGGACCCCAGGGAUACAGCCCGCACCGCUUGGCACACAGGGAAUUCACUCAGCAACCCCAAUCAACACACAAGGGCUUCAGCCUGCACCAAUGGGUACUCAGCAGCCUCAGUCUGAAGGAAAGACUUCAGCAGUGGUGUUGGCAGAUGGAGCCACAAUUGUGGCCAACCCCAUUAGCAAUCCGUUCAGUGCUGCUCCAGCAGCAACAACCGUGGUGCAGACCCACAGCCAGAGCGCUAGCACCAACGCUCCCGCCCAGGGCUCAUCACCACGGCCAAGCAUACUCCGGAAGAAACCUGCCACAGAUGGAAUGGCAGUUCGGAAAACCCUCAUUCCUCCCCAGCCUCCUGAUGUUGCUAGUCCUCGAGUGGAAAGCUCUAUGCGGAGUACAUCUGGAUCACCUAGGCCUGCAGGUGCCAAACCCAAGUCUGAAAUCCAUGUGUCUAUGGCCACUCCCGUCACUGUGUCCAUGGAGACUGUAUCCAACCAAAAUAAUGAUCAGCCUACCAUUGCCGUCCCUCCAACUGCCCAGCAGCCCCCACCGACCAUUCCAACUAUGAUUGCAGCAGCCAGUCCCCCGUCACAACCAGCCGUUGCCCUUUCAACCAUUCCUGGAGCAGUCCCCAUCACUCCACCCAUCACCACUAUUGCAGCUGCACCACCUCCAUCAGCCACUGUGGGUGGCAGUCUCUCUUCUGUCUUGGGCCCUCCUGUACCUGAAAUUAAAGUGAAAGAAGAAGUAGAACCAAUGGAUAUCAUGAGACCAGUUUCUGCAGUUCCUCCGCUGGCUACCAACACUGUGUCUCCAUCUCUUGCAUUGCUGGCAAACAACCUGUCCAUGCCAACAAGUGACCUACCACCUGGUGCCUCCCCAAGGAAAAAGCCUCGAAAGCAACAGCACGUGAUCUCAACAGAAGAAGGUGACAUGAUGGAGACAAACAGCACUGAUGACGAGAAGUCCACUGCCAAGAGUCUUCUGGUGAAGGCUGAGAAGCGCAAGUCUCCUCCCAAGGAGUAUAUUGAUGAGGAAGGUGUGAGGUAUGUCCCAGUGCGUCCAAGACCCCCCAUUACUUUGCUUCGUCACUAUCGGAACCCCUGGAAAGCUGCUUACCACCACUUUCAGAGAUACAGUGACGUCCGGGUCAAAGAGGAGAAGAAAGCUAUGCUGCAGGAAAUAGCUAAUCAGAAAGGAGUGUCCUGUCGUGCUCAAGGCUGGAAAGUCCACCUCUGUGCCGCCCAGCUACUACAGCUGGGCAAGAAUCCCUCCUUCAGCAGCUGGGUGAAGAGGAGGCAACAACCUCAUAAAGUUUUUCCUUCUUCGCCUGUAAUCCCAGCACUUUGGGAGGCCGAGACGAAUCUUGAACAUGAUGUCUAUGAAAGACUUACCAACCUACAGGAAGGGAUUAUCCCAAAGAAAAAAGCAGCAACUGAUGAUGAUCUCCACCGAAUAAAUGAACUGAUACAGGGAAAUAUGCAGAGAUGUAAACUUGUGAUGGAUCAAAUCAGUGAAGCCAGAGACUCCAUGCUUAAGGUUUUAGAUCAUAAAGACCGCGUCCUGAAGCUUCUUAACAAGAAUGGGACUGUCAAAAAAGUGUCAAAAUUGAAGCGAAAGGAAAAAGCCUAGACCCAGAAGAAUCAGGAGAUUGGAAGCAGAAUUUAUGAAGAAUGAUAGUGGGGGUGGGGGGAGGGUUUUGGUUAUUUCCAAAGUGGAACAUUGAAACAAAGGAAGUGUUCCUUCAUUCACAUGUGAAAGAGAGGGACCCAUGGCAUCCAGUGGCAUGAAAAGAUCAGAGCUGUCUGGACACAGUGAGCCACCUUCUUGCGUUCAGGUGCACCCCUGUUAAAUCCGCCCUGUGUCCUAAGUGACUUCGGAUGCGUUAGUGUCCACCAGUUGGAAGCAAUGACAAGGAUGGCUGGCUGAUGUUUUUCAGCCGUCCAGUUUAUAGACUGUAUUUAUAUAGUGGAUUCCUGCAGGCCCCAUACCGAGCCUGGACUGAAAGCAUCCACUCGGACCAUCUGUUAUCUCUCUACACUGAAAAUGAAACCUCUUCCACCCACCCCAUUCGGUUCUUCUGCCUGACCUUCAAAUGCCCAUGUUGGCCUUUUACAGCAGUGCCAUGGCACCAAGCGAGCUGCCACAUCUCACACUCUAAAGGGUUUGAACUAUUAGUUCUUGUCAUUUUUUAAAAGAACCAUUCCCAUGUGAAAUUGUUAGAUCGUCUGUCUUGCGUGUGUCAAAAUUGGGUUUUUGUGGAGGUUCAGAGCAGGCAACACCAUAAGUUGCUCUCAGAUCCUUGUUCUGAAGUACAAUCUUGAUUAUCUGUACUUCUGUAGCUGGUGUGAUGCUGUUAAUUGUAUGUACCACACAUCUCCAGACGUUAAUAAAGGACUCAGAGGUUUUUGUA